AUGUCAUCCGGAAAUGUGAACUUGAUCGAGGGCAAGAAAAGACCAGCUCUUGAGCAGGCCGGCGGGAUUCAGAAAAAGCCAAUGACUAAUCCGAACACCAACCCACAAGAAAUGCGUGACACCCAGAUCGCCUACCACAGUUCAGUUGAGGGUAAGGAAAACCCUCUUGACGCCUGUGUGAACAAAAUGGACAGCGAGGCGCCGUUGCUGCAAUACGAUCCCGAGCAGAGAAUAGCCGCUAACGAAUGCGGCUUCGGCCUUCUUGCGGAACUACGUGAAAUGAACCACAAGAUCAAUAAACUCGAAUCUCAUUUCCAGAAACUCGAAUCUCAUCGCCAGAGCCAUCUGGACAUCCGUCAAAAGGCCAUUUCCACAUGGGUACGAGAUGCGCUUAACAAAGACACAGAGCGCGGGAAGGAGGAAAUCCGCCGACUGAACAAGGAUAUUAUCCACGGCGGCGAUGUGCGUUCCGAUGCUAUGGUAGUCACUGAGCGCUACAAGAAAAGCAGCACCGAAUGGCAAUAUUUCCGUACUCUGUAUGGCCUCACCCCGGACAAUGUGAACGAUCUCGACCAACAGAAAUGUUAUAGAUCUCUGCAGGCCUUGGAUAGAGCGGCUUCUAUCUUGCUCAAGAACGCUUGGACAAGCCUCCCUACUGAGGCGAUGGGUAAGGAACGCGAGGAUCUUGUCGCUAUGCUGCUGGAGGAGAGAUAUGAAGAGUCUGAGAAGAUGAGCAGCACUUUUAUUGGCGGGAACGAGUCGUCUGUGGCUGAAGAGUAUUUCUAG